CUACCAAGUGAUGAUAAAAUGGGAAGAUACUCAUGUGAGGAAGUCACAGAGGAAUCACUUGGAUGGACUAUACUUGGAUGCAGAUUUCCCCAUGCCAUAUCUCUGCAGCACUCUUCUAUGUAGGAGGAGGGAGUAAACAAAAGAAGCGAUAUCCUGCCAUUGUCCGGGACCUUCCGACCCCCUCCAGUGCUGUGUCCUCGCUUCUUGUAACAUGGCCACUGUUACCUUUCUCUGCUCUGAAUAUUUGUAUUGCCCGGUCUGCCUGGACCUGUUUCGAGAACCAGUCACCAUCCCCUGUGGGCACACCUUUUGCUUGACAUGCAUUACCCAGUGUUGGUCUCUGCAGGGAAUGCCAAGCUCCUGCCCACAGUGUAGGUCCACAUUUCGACCAGACUCCUCGCCGAGACUCUGCAAGAACAGUAUCCUUGCCCAAAUGGUGGAUGACUUCUCCAGUCUUCAAGGGUCUAAUGAUUUCAACGCCUUCAGCAGUCAUGGCAGGAAUCAAUGCCAAGAAGAGAUGCCAGAUGGAGCUCUUGAAACUGAAAACACCAACAGCUUUGACUUGCCUGUGAUCAAUGAAGGUCAUGAAGCCCCGAGCGCUCUGGUUUCAUCUACCAGACAUCGCAGGGUGGUCAGCCAGGGCUUCUCUGACAUGGUAAGGAUCCUGCAGUCCUCAGGAUUUCGUCUGCUGCAGAUGAUGGAACAAGCAGAGAAUCAGACGAUGAAGAAUACAAGCAGCCAAGAUCUGGAAGAAGGGCUUACGAUGCAGACUGCCCAGGUCGUUCCAGAUCAGCAGCAGGAUCAGCUUGUGGAGGAACGAUCCACAUUUCAGGAACUACAGUGGAUGGGACUGUACGCGGCCGUCUCCAAGUUUAAACAAAGUCUUCAAGAAUUGUGCGCAGAUCACAUGGGCCGACUUGUCCAGCAAGUGUGGACCACACGAACCAGUUAUCCAAUAUUACCACCUAAGCUCUGGGGAAGUUCAUUACUGCCACUGAUGCCACGGGUACGAACAGAGUUUCUCCAGUAUUCCCGGGAUAUCAGCCUGGACCCAGACACGGCCCAUAACAACUUGUGUCUUAUGCAAGGGAACCGCCGAGUCCUGUGUAAACUGCAGUGUCAGGCUUAUCCGGAAAAUACAGAACGCUUUGAUCAUUAUACUCAAGUGCUGGGCAGAGAGCCGAUGGCCCAAGGACGUCAUUAUUGGGAGGUCCAUCUCUCUGGAAAUCGUGUAAGCUUGGGUGUCACUUAUCAUGGUAUUUCUCGUAAGGGGUAUCAAAGUUCCUGUCUUCUGGGGAGGAACUCACAUUCCUGGUGCCUAGAGUGGAGCAGUACCCGUUGCUAUGCCUGGCAUGAUGGCGAGAGACUUUUGGUAGCCACAGGACAGCACGAGAAACUGGGUAUCUUUUUGGACUGGGAUGAAGGAACUCUGUCCUUCCAUGAAGCAUCAGAUGAUAUGUCACUUCUUUACCGCUUUCAUGCUUCCUUCACCCAGCCCUUGUACCCCAUCUUCUUCAUCAGCUGGAAUUCUAUCGUGUCCAUCGGAGAAGAAAAAGUAAGAAAGUUCAGUGCUCACAACAAGCGCUUCCAGAGGCAGUUUUCAGCAGACUUCUAAUGGAAACCACUGACUUUUUGAUCUACCAGUCUAAACCAAUUUGUAGUUAGAAUAACAUAGUAACAUAGUAACAUAGUACAUAAGGCCGAAAAAAGACAUCUGUCCAUCCAGUUCGGCCUGUUAUCCUGCAAGUUGAUCCAGAG